AUGGACCUAAGGAAUGGCAGCAUAGUGACAGAAUUUAUCCUUGUGGGCUUUGAGAAGAGCUCCCCUUCUACACAGGCAUUACUCUUUGCCCUCUUCCUGACCCUCUACAGCCUUGCGAUGGCCAUGAAUGGCGUCAUCAUCUUCAUCACCUGGACAGAUCCUAGGCUCAACAGUCCCAUGUACUUCUUCCUUGGCCACCUGUCCUUCCUGGAUGUCUGCUUCAUCACCACCACCAUCCCACAGAUGUUAAUUCACCUGGUGGUCAAGAACCAUGCUGUCUCCUUUGCCUCCUGCUUGAUCCAGAUGUAUCUAGUUUUUGGUGUGGGUGUUGCCGAAUGUAUUCUCUUGGCUUUUAUGGCUUAUGAUCGUUAUGUUGCUAUCUGUCACCCACUUAACUAUGCCCAGAUCAUGAGCCAUCAAGUCUGUGUGAGGUUGGUAAGUACAGCCUGGUUCUUCGGCAUGAUCAAUGGCAUCCUACUCGACUACAUGACAUUCCGUGGUCCAUUCUGUAGAGACAACCACAUAGAAAACUUUUUCUGUGAGGCCCCCAUAGUCAUCAGCCUCUCUUGUGGAGAUCCACUGUUUAGUCUGAAGGUGAUCUUUCUGGAUGCCAUCGUGGUGCUUCUAAGUCCAAUGGUGCUCAUUGUCAUCUCCUAUGCCCGCAUCCUAACCUCCAUCCUUGGAAGAUCCUCCUCCUCGGGUCGGGGGAAGACCUUCUCCACUUGUGCUUCCCACCUGACUGUGGUCAUCUUUUUCUACACCUCAGCUAUGUUCUCUUACAUGAACCCACGCAGCACACAUGGCCCUGACAAGGACAAACCGUUCUCCCUCCUCUACACAAUCAUUACCCCCAUGUGCAACCCCAUCAUCUACAGUUUUAGAAAUAAGGAAAUGAAAGGGGCCAUGGUGAGAGCCCUUGCGAGGACUGGUCUGAUACAAGAACCAGUAUAG